CGCCCCGGAAGCCGGAAGCGCCUAACGGCAGCUUUCCGGUGGUGGGAAAGUGAACGAAGCCCGAAUCAAAGCGGCGCAUGCUGAGGCAGGUGGGGUGCCAGUGGAAGAGGGAAGGCAGGGGACUGUUUACGGCCUGACUUGGGAGGCCGGCGGAUCAGCAAUUGCAGAAGCAGGCAGCGGCAGAGAGGGAAUGGUGCGGGGAGACGCUGAGAAGGAGGCGCAGUCCGUCCCUCUCAGGGUUAGUGAAUGAGGCUCUCUGCCCGGGCCGGCCCGGGGACAGUGCGCUGCGGGUCCCAGCAUGAAUGCGGGCCCCGGCUGUGAACCCUGCACCAAGCGACCCCGCUGGGGCGCCGCUGCAACUUCGCCGGCUGCUUCCGACGCCCGGAGCUUUCCCAGCAGGCAGAGGCGCGUCCUCGACACCAAGGACGCUCUCGUGCAGCUCAGGGUCCCACCGUCCUCUCCAGCCUGCGUCCCAGGGCGGGCGGGACAGCACAGAGGCAGCGCCACCUCGCUUGUUAACAAACAAAAGACUAUUACCAGUUGGAUGGACACUAAAGGAAUCGAGACGGCGGAAUCAGAAAGUUUGGAUAGUAAAGAAAACAACAAUACAAGAAUAGAAUCCAUGAUGAGUUCUGUACGUAAAGAUAACUUGUACCAACAUAAUGUAGAAAAAUUAGAAAAUGUUUCUAAGCUAAGUCUUGAUAAGUCACCCACUGAAAAAAGUAUGCAAUAUUUGAACCAGCAUCAGACUGCAACGAUGUGUAAGUGGCAAAAUGAAGGGAAACACAUGGAGCAGCUUUUGGAAAGUGAACCUCAGACUGUAACUCUGGUAUCAGAGCAGUUUAGUAAUGCUAACAUUGAUCGGUCACCUCAAAAUGAUGAUCACAGUGACACAGACAGUGAAGAAAAUAGAGACAAUCAACAGUUUCUUACAACUGGAAAGCUUGCAAAUGCAAAGCAGACUACAGAAGAUGAACAGGCCAGAGAAGGCAGAAGCCACCGGAGGUGCAGCAAGUCUUGCCAUCUUGGGGAAGACUGUGCAAGUUGUCAGCAGGAGGAGACAAACGUGGUGCCAGAGAGUCCGUUAUCAGAUGUUGGCUCUGAGGAUGUUGGUACUGGACCAAAAAAUGACAACAAAUUGAGUAGACAAGAAAGUUGCCUAGGAAAUUCUCCUCCAUUUGAGAAGGAAAGUGAACCUGAGUCACCAAUGGAUGUAGAUAAUUCCAAAAAUAGUUGUCAGGACUCAGAAGCAGAUGAGGAGACAAGUCCAGGUUUUGAUGAACAAGAAGAUGGUAGUUCCUCCCAAACAGCAAAUAAACCUUCAAGGUGCCAAGCAAGAGAAGCUGACACUGAAUUUAGGAAACGGCACUCUACUAAGGGAGGUGAAGGUAGAUUACAUUUCCAAUUUGAAGGAGGAGAAAGUCGCACUGGAUUGAAUGAUUUAAAUGCUAAACUACCUGGAAAUAUUCCUAGCCUGAAUGUAGAAUGCAGAAAUUCCAAGCAACAUGGAAAAAAGGAUUCUAAAAUCACAGAUCAUUUCAUGAGAAUGCCCAAAGCAGAGGACAGAAGAAAAGAACAAUGCGAGACCAAACAUCAAAGAACAGAAAGGAAGAUCCCUAAAUACGUUCCGCCUCACCUUUCUCCAGAUAAGAAGUGGCUUGGAACUCCCAUUGAGGAGAUGAGAAGAAUGCCUUGGUGUGGGAUCCGGCUGCCUCUCUUGAGACCAUCUGCCAAUCACACAGUAACUAUUCGGGUAGAUCUUUUGCGAGCAGGAGAAGUUCCUAAACCUUUUCCAACACAUUAUAAAGAUUUGUGGGAUAACAAGCACGUUAAAAUGCCUUGUUCAGAACAAAAUUUGUAUCCAGUAGAAGAUGAGGAUGCUAUUCUGAAAUACAAUGUCGCAUAUUCUAAGAAAUGGGACUUUACAGCUUUGAUUGAUUUCUGGGAUAAGGUACUUGAAGAAGCAGAAGCUCAACAUUUAUAUCAGUCCAUUUUGCCUGAUAUGGUGAAAAUUGCACUCUGUCUGCCAAAUAUUUGCACCCAGCCAAUACCGCUCCUGAAACAGAAGAUGAAUCAUUCCAUCACAAUGUCACAGGAACAGAUUGCCAGUCUUUUAGCUAAUGCUUUUUUCUGCACAUUUCCACGACGAAAUGCUAAGAUGAAAUCGGAGUAUUCUAGUUACCCAGACAUUAACUUCAAUCGGUUGUUUGAGGGACGUUCAUCAAGGAAACCGGAGAAACUUAAAACGCUCUUCUGCUACUUUAGAAGAGUCACAGAGAAAAAACCUACUGGGUUGGUGACAUUUACAAGACAGAGUCUUGAAGAUUUUCCAGAGUGGGAAAGAUGUGAAAAACCCUUGACACGAUUGCAUGUCACUUACGAAGGCACCAUAGAAGGAAAUGGCAGAGGCAUGCUACAGGUGGAUUUUGCAAAUCGUUUUGUUGGAGGUGGUGUAACCAGUGCAGGACUUGUGCAAGAAGAAAUCCGAUUUUUAAUCAAUCCUGAGUUGAUUGUUUCACGGCUCUUCACUGAGGUGCUGGAUCACAAUGAAUGUCUAAUCAUCACAGGUACUGAGCAGUACAGCGAAUACACAGGCUAUGCUGAGACAUAUCGUUGGGCCCGGAGCCAUGAAGAUAGGAGUGAAAGGGACGACUGGCAGCGGCGCUGCACUGAGAUCGUUGCCAUUGAUGCUCUUCACUUCAGACGCUACCUCGAUCAGUUUGUGCCUGAGAAAAUGAGACGCGAGCUUAACAAGGCUUACUGUGGAUUUCUUCGUCCUGGAGUUUCUUCAGAGAAUCUUUCUGCAGUGGCCACAGGAAACUGGGGCUGUGGUGCCUUUGGAGGUGAUGCCAGGUUAAAAGCCUUAAUACAGAUACUGGCAGCUGCUGCAGCUGAACGAGAUGUGGUUUAUUUCACCUUUGGGGACUCAGAAUUGAUGAGAGACAUUUACAGCAUGCACACUUUCCUUACUGAAAGGAACCUCACUGUUGGAGAAGUGUAUAAGCUGUUGCUACGAUAUUACAAUGAAGAAUGCAGAAACUGUUCCACCCCUGGACCAGACAUCAAGCUUUAUCCAUUCAUAUACCAUGCCACGGAGUCCUGUGCAGAUACAACUGACCAGUCAGGGCAAAGGACAGGGACCUGAGGAGCCGAGCGAAUAGCAUCUCCUCCCACCUCCCACCAGAGAUGUCCUGUUUGAGCUGUCAGGUGUAAUAUAUGAAUUGAUUUAAGUUAAUAUAAAUGUGUAUAUAAUCCACAUUUGUAGUCAAGGUCGCAAUCUCUUCCACAUGUAUGCAGUUGUCAGUUGGUACAUCUAGGCCCCCUCCAUCCUGACCCAUGUGGACUUAGAUAUGUUUUGUUUCUGUUUUCUUCUAGUUCAGUCUUCAUUCUUUGAUUUGUAUUUCUUUUGUCCAUCAGAUCUCUUGUGAAAUCCCAUGAAAGGUUGUGCUCAUUCUGUCAGGUCUCCUUUUUCCUGCCCAUAUAUUAUACCAAUUGCUUCUGCAGCCUGCAGAUGCCAGUGAUGGCCAGGAACCAAGUUGAAAUCCAGGAAUCUCUUUAACUGAUUUUGCUUAAAAUCUCCCUAUGAGCCUUCCACUCAACUCUUACUAUGCUUGCAUUAAGUUUUUAAAAUCUGAAAAUUAAGAAUUAGGGUUUUUUUCAUAUAUGCUGCAUAAUGCAAACCUCCUAGGUUAAAAUAGUUUUUUUAUUUAAGAUAAAUAAUUUCCAGAAAUUGCCCUUUUGAGACAUCACCUUCAUAACGGUUUGUCUGUCUUCCUCUGAUCAGUUUUUAUCGAUACCAUUUUUGGAAACUGAGAUGAAAGGAAAUGUGGAACAAAAGAGGGUUUUCCCGACGUGGUAUAAAGAAAACAGAUUCAAAAGGAUUGAAGAGUUUUGUUUUUUUUUUUUUAAUUUCUUGGUACUUUUUUUCUUUUUAAAUUAGAGCUAAUGUUUGUUUUGCGGUGCUUGAGGCAUAUUCAUAUAACCAAAGUUUGGGAACUGGGAGCUUCAUGCUGAUUUGUACAUAUUGAAGUUUCUCUGGUAUUCAAAGGUUAUAUAGUGAAUGGAUUUUCAGUAAUAAAUCAUUUUGUCAGAAACUCCUAUAUCAUCUAUAUUUUAUAUAUGUAUAUAUAAACAUGCUCUUGAAGUGUGUCUAUAUGUGAGCACAUAAAAUCUAAAUAAAAUUGGACUGGUGGGAAAUGAUUAGGUUUAGGCAUUAUCUGGGUUCUGUUUAACGUCCUUUGUCACAAUUUUUUCCAUUUUUAAAUCUGGCAACAAACAUAAACACUAAUGUCUUUCAGAGGUUAAAGUGAAAACCAAAGCCAAUCAAUCCUGUGUUAACCAAGAGUAGGGUUUCAUCACAGAAGCACUUACUACUCAGAUUUCCAAAACAAUCCUAAACCACCCUGUUGGUUUGGCUGAUGGCCAUAUCUGUUUUUGUUUAUGUAGAGAUUAAGAGGAUAGUGAAUUUUGGCACCUGAAAGAAGCCAUUUGUCACUGAAGUUUUUUACCACAAUAACAAAGAUUUUUAAUCAUCUCUCAAAUUUGGAAGAAUAUGUCUUUAGUUCUGUUGAUAAUAAAAUCUCCUCUUUCCUUUUCAGCUCAUGCUAUGCUUUGGUUGCAGGUUUCUUGAUUGUUUCAUGUCCUUACUUUUUCUAGCCCCCCACUCUUGCCCUCCUGCACAGCCCAAGACUAAGUGACCAGUUCUUUAAAAUGUUUCAGGAACAGUGUAGGUUGGUUCUUGUGGUAGAGAAAUCAUUAAUCCAAGUAAGAAGUCACCCGGCCGGGUACUCCAGAACACAGAAGCUAAGACUCAGUGCCUGCUGUUGCACAGGCUUAGUGGCGUGGCAGUCUUAACUGCCUCUUGCUGUGGGGAGAUUUCCAAGAAUAAAACCUGACUUCCGUUUUUAUUUGUCCCAUUAUAUUAUGGUAUUGGGACAGCUUAAUCACAUGGAACAUAAAGAAAACUAAUGUUCAUUUUUUGAGGAAGGAGGAAAGUGAGGAAGGCACAAUUACUUUGUCCCUAACAGCCCUCUGCAAAACAAAUCAGAGCAACCAUCUACUUAACAUUUGUAUCUAUUCUGAGAUAUUUAACAGCACUUUUUAAUUCUCUUUCAUCUAGGGCUUCUUGUUGUAGUUCCUGUUGUUUAUUCCUUCUUUCUUUAACAUACCAAGGCAUGAAAGAAUAUUUUUUGUUUAAAAUACUUAGGUUUUUAAUAACACCCAUUUCAUUUUCAUUUUCCAUCUAUCUAGCUCACUCCAGUGUAUAAUCACAGUUUAAGGCAGCAAUGUGCAGUCAUGGAAAGGGCAUGAGAUUUUAAAUCAGCCAAGCAGGGCUCACAUGCCAGCCACAUACCUAGCUAGUAUGUCAACCUUGCCCACAUCAACCACACACCUAGCUAGAAACUUGUCUAAAUCAAGCGAAUUUCUGGGUCAGCUAGAAAAUGGGCUAAUAGCACCUACUGGGAAAUGAAAUAAUAUAAAACACUGAACAUAAGCUCCAACACAGAUAGUGCUCAGUAAAUGUCAGCUCUUCUAGUUGACCAGGAAACAUUUAUGAAGUACCUGCUGUAUGUUAGCUACUAUACUGGUUGCUAUGCAUAUUUUAGCCCUUGUCUUUCCCACCCCUCCCCAACCCCAGUGAGCUAACAGAUGCCCAGAGGUUAAGGAAUGUGCAGUAGUCCCCCAUUAUCCAUACUUUCAGUUACUUGAGGUCAGCCAUGGUCUGAAAAUAUUAAAUGGAAAAUUCCAAAAAUAAAUAAUUCCUAAAUUCUAAAUUGCA